UGAAAGAAGCAUGUGCAAGAUUUGGCGGGGACUGGGUUCUUCCUAAUUUAGAUAAGUAAAAUUUUCGAAAGUAAAAAUGGAAGAAACGUACCCCGUAGAGAGCUAUCCUUACGUUUCGCAGUCAUUCAAAUGUCAUGAUUACUUCACAGAAUACAAAAAAGUCUUGAGUCAAACACUGUACAAGCAAGAAGCUGAACUUGAAGCCAAAAGCACAAUGUUAGAAAAAAUUGCCUGUAUGAUGGGUAUAAGUCUUAGUGAAUGCACAGACUUGGAACAAAAAUGCAGCAUAUCACAGCUUGAAAAUGAAAGCCAGCCUGUAGACCCAUUGGAACUCAAAGUCAGAUCAGAAACCAUGCGCACUGAUGAUAAGUUGCAGAAAGCUACCAGAACUUUGGCAACUGCAGUUGAAUUAAAGGCUAUUAAGGCACAUCCAUUGCAAUAUGAGAAGAAACUCAGAGAUCUAAAAAAAAUGUCAAUACCCACAUUCAAACAAGAGCCUAACCCAUCUCCUGAAGUCAAAUUACCCAAAGAAUUUGUGUUGAUUGCCAGAGUGUUUAGGCCUUUCAGAAGCCACAUGGGUUCACACACAGUUGCACAUGGGCAGGACUUUAUGUUACUUGGUUCCCAAAGUUUGGUUGACUUCAGAGAUAAAAUAAAGUGCAUGAACGACGAUCUACCGGUUGGAGAAGCAGGACUGAUAAAGGAUCACAUCAAGUCGGGAAUGUUCUUUUUCGGGAAUACAUUCUAUUAUGAUGGUCGAUCCCUGACGAAUAUCAAUUAUGGUGAGGUGAUAGAACGAUGGGCUAAAGAGAAACCAGAAAUGAAGUUGGGUCCAUUUGAAAAUCGAGACAUGGCAGAAUGUAAGAUUUCCGAUCUAGAGGUACGCCUCGGCUUCCCUUACGUCUUUAUGCAUCUUGGCAAUUGCGAACAUCUCGUCACUUUUUUGGAUGCAAGGCUUAUGGACUCGGAAGAUUUACAAAACUUUGACGAAUAUCCGCUCGUCGUGGAAACGGAAAACGAAAUCAUGUACUGUUUUGCUUGCGAUGUCCAUGAUUCUAGCUAUUACGUUGACGACGAUCAGAUGCCCACAAAACCGGUGAACUUGUGUGAACAUUGUUUUGAAGUAUUUUACAAAAGAAACGGUGUCGUGCCGCCCAGCACUAAAGAAGUCUAUUAUUGCAAGUUCCCCAGAAAAGCAACAAUCGAAGAAAAAUCUGAGGAAAUCUCAGAGUCCUCUGACUAAUGUUCCCGCUUUGCUACAAUAUUCGAAAAUUGUAAAUUCGAAAUGUGCUCCAACGAAAUUUUGUAUUAAUUCAGUAACCCAGUUAAACACUUUCUUUGGCUUAUUAUUAAUGUUUAUUUAUAAUGAAAUCUGCUGCCCUUUCUGCCAUGGCGACCAAAACGGAGUUCGGCGGUCCGGAUGGUAGACGAGGAAGCACGCUAGCAUCGACAA